GCGCUUAUACUUGUGCUCGUUGUUGCUUGUUCAGUUGUCGCGCGAACGCGACAGCGACGAUGUGGCGAGCGGACGGUUUUCGGUCGUGACUUGUGCCGUGGGUGUAUGAUAUUGUGCAUAGUAAUUCGACGUGUCGGUCGGUGCUCUAUCUUUUCGAGGUAUUUAUAGUGGAUUCGUUGAAUUUUUGUGUGUAUAGUGAAUGGUAUAGAAUAUUGUGCGAAUGUAUUAGCUCCGCGACUAGCGCAUAACGCUUAAGCGAUCUAUUUCAACGAUAUAACAACGCCGGGGGGCGAAUUAAACAAUAUGCCGAGAUUUAAAAAAUCGAUAUGCAAAAUUACAUAAAAUUGAUACCUGCGCGUACAGUCAGGCUCGACGAUUUAAUGCCUUUCGCAAUGCCAGCCGCGCGCGGCUCUCGAGCGUAUAAUAAAUGGGAAAUUCUCAGAGUAACCAUUACGGAAUGUGCGGCGCAUUUUUCUCCGCAGCCUAUAUCUGAUCUCUAACGCGGCACACUAUGUACAGCCGAUCGAAUCGGAAACUGUACAUUGUCUAUAAAAAUCUGCGUGUACGCCGAUCGCGCGAACGAAACCGCACCAUAUUUAUAAUAAUAAUUUAUCGACGGCUCAAGGCCGCUUAUUAUCCCAUCACUGCAUCAUUGCUGAUUAUAUCUAAAGCAGGGAGUAUAACAAGAGCCGAAAAAGAUGGCGGUGUUCGGCUUGGUCUCGGCGGUCGCCGGCUUUGUGAAAGUACGAUAUUUAAUCGACAAGGCCAUAAUUGAUAACAUGAUCUUCAGGGCCCACUACAGAAUCACAUCGGCUAUUCUAUUCGCUUGUUGCAUCAUAGUCACGGCGAACAAUCUAAUAGGUGACCCGAUAAACUGCAUCGGCGACGGCGCUGUCCCCGGCCACGUGAUCAACACGUACUGCUGGAUCACGUACACGUUCACCCUGCCGGGGAACCUGAACAAGCCCGUUGGAACGCACGUGGCCCAUCCAGGUCUCGGCGGCGACUACGGCGAGAAGAAGUUCCACUCGUACUACCAGUGGGUGCCGUUCAUGCUCUUCUUCCAGGGCAUCCUCUUCUACGUACCCCACUGGAUGUGGAAGCAGUGGGAAGAGGGCAAGAUCCGUACCAUCUCCGAAGGUAUGCGAGGUGCCUUGGUUGAGACGAAGGUCGAGCGACAGGCCAGGAUGCAACGACUCGUCACUUACAUCUGCGACACAAUGCACCUGCACAACAGCUACGCUGCCGGAUACUUCUUCUGCGAGGCGCUGAACUUCAUCAACGUCGUGGGCAACAUCUUUUUCGUGGACACCUUCCUGGGCGGCGCCUUCCUGACCUACGGCUCGGACGUCGUCAAGUUCAGUAACAUGAAUCAGGAGCAGCGUUCGGAUCCUAUGAUCGAAGUCUUCCCACGUGUAACCAAGUGCACCUUCCACAAAUUUGGUGCCUCCGGAACGAUUCAGAAGCACGACGCCCUCUGCAUCCUGGCUCUGAACAUCCUUAACGAGAAGAUCUACAUCUUCCUCUGGUUCUGGUUCAUCGUACUGGCCGUCAUGUCUGGCUUGGCUCUGCUCUACAGUAUGGCCGUGGUCCUGCUGCCCAGUACCCGCGAGGCCAUCCUCAAGAAGCGCUUCAAGUUCGGCACACCCACUGGAUGCCAGGCUCUGAUCAGAAAGACCCAGGUCGGAGACUUCCUGCUGCUUCACUUUCUGGGCCAGAACAUGAACAUGAUGAUGUUCAACGAAGUGCUGGACGAGCUCUGUCGUCGACUGCAUCUGAGCUCCAGCAGCGGUGCCUCGCCGACAUCGGUGCCGUCGGCACCGAGCACACUCGAGAUGUCGCCUAUCUACCCGGAGAUCGAGAAGUUCUCCAAAGACACGGAGAUCUAAGCGCUCCGGAUCAGCCACCCCCCACUUUCGACAAUAUAUGUGAUACGCGAUUAAACCGCGGAGGAGUUGCUACUAUAUAAAACAUGGCCCUCACAUCGAGAAAGGAAACAGGGAGAUAACGAGGACGCACUGGACCAUCGUAGGACAAUAUUUACAUUAAUGUACACGCGCACAUAUUAUAGGCUCUCUUUCUCUUUCUCGCUUCGAGGAGACACGAGCUCUGCAGCAGCUUCUUGCUCUUUCGCAUUUGAAUGUUAGUUUCGUAUACGAGGCGACGAAGCGGAGGAUCCUUGAGUGUACUUCAGAAAGAAAAUUACGUAGAUGGGAGCCAGUGCGACAUGAUAACGGACGUGCGUCAGGUGUACGUUGGAGAAAGAGAGAGAACACUGCCUCGACGAAGUAUAAUAUUACACGGAGCGUCCGGAGCGAUGGGCUGUGAGUGAUAAAAAAACUGUUCUCUGCUUCGUCGCCGAUUAUCGAUAAGUCUCUCCCACGCCCUCAGAUAUCUAUACGACCUGAAGAAUAUAAGAGAAGAGGAGAACGAAGACGACGUGAAAAAAAACGACUACGACGACCUGCUCGAAGUUGUAAUCAAGCCGCCGACGCACGCGAUCUUCGCAUAAUAUAACGUUACUAUUUUAUUAAUAUUAUUAUUAUUAUUAUAUUAUUUGUAUUGUAUUUUUUUUUGUCGAACAGUGUGUCAAUCGAGCUUGCGGAAAAUGCCUAGCCUGUGUGGAAACUAGAAUUUAUUUUUGGAUAACACGAAUCAUCUUUGAAAUUGUUGCGAUACAUCGCGAUUAAGUGAGAUUUACGUUUUUGGACAGUUGAAUUUUGUAAAUAUUCCAAGCGCAAUUUUCCGGACACUCGAUUGACAUGCCGACUCAUUUUGUCAUCAGCAUCGAACCUCGUCGAUUAAUUUGUAAGGCGAGGCCUCUCGCGAGUUUUCAAGUAGACGAAAUCUAUGCGCUAGCUAAUUUUUAUUAUGUUUCAAUUGAAAUCUCAUUUUUUUUUCUUUUCUCAUAACCUAUAGAUCUGUUGUAUUUUCUUCUCCACGACUUUCAUCCGUCAGACUCGAGGCAUUUCUUUUUUUUAAUUGAAUGUACACGUCGAUGCGAAAGAACGAGAGUAUUAUUUUUGUCGCGCGUUGGCGUAGUUGAAUCGAACGAUUGCAAUUGUAAAUUUAAGGACGUCAAAUGACGAUGCGAUAAUCAAAUUUCAUAGUGUAAGUUUUGCUAUUAAAGCUUUUUUGAAAAAAGUGUAACUAUGACAAUAAGCAAUAAGAGAAAGGCGUGUUUCAAUUUUUGUUUAAUAUAAUGUCGUUAUAUAGUAAUUUACGAUGAAUUUUUGUAGUUUAUUCAAUGACAAUAACGAGAAAGUAAUACAUAUCAAAUAUAUGAAUCUUUAGUAUUUUUUAUGAAACUCGGCAUUUAGCUAAAUUUCCUAAACUUCACAUAUUUCGUUGUGUCGGAUGCAUUCCUGCAUGUAAAUGUCGUGUGCAAUAAACGAUACAGAGCGAGAGAGAACGAAUCUUUAUUAAAAUACGCGUGCAAUCUGAAAUCACACGUAGGACUGUGAAAUUUUUCGUACUAUGUAAUAAUCUCUCAUUGCCAUUACGCUCGACGCUGUUCUAUUAUUCACCGUCUGACUUUUUCUCUCAUUGCGAAUCGUUCUCGCGGUUCAUAAAUCACAAGGCGCAAAUGCAUGUAGAAAAACGAGCCAGUGCUGGUCUUUUUAAAUUUACCGCGAGUACGAGAGGGCGCAUCUCCGUCCAAGGGAGUUUUACACAAAAACAAACCGCAUGUCUCGCUCCACCAGGAUGUAGCAAAAAAGUCAUUCGUCACUCUUUUUCUCCUCUCGUUAGGAAUACGCACAUACGCAUAUUGUGCUUCUAAUACCAACAAAAUCCACCUUUUGACACAAAGUUUUCAACCCUACUGUGUUACGUUCUGUGUGAACAAGAGAAGAGAAAUGAGCGAAGGCUUCAUCAUUUUGUAAACAAUCUGAAAUUAUAAUACAUGUACAGAGUGUUGAAGCCGCUAUGAGAUUCUUUGCUGUGUUUGGUACGAGAAUACGAAAUAUGCAACAAAAAAAUUAUAAAAAGACAAUAUUUUGCGAUCUCUCGAAGUAAACGCGAGAUCGGUUGAAACGUAGGUUUGCAAUUUAUAUAACAGUAAUUAAAAAAAAAAGACAAAAAUAAUGCUGCUACUUAUGUAGUUCAUAGAGCUCGAUUAUAUACACAUAUAUAUAUAUAGUUUAUGCAUAUACAAUAUAGUCCUGUUCUCUGAGUGAUAUGUUCAUAAAAUAGCCUUGCGAAGAGAUUGUGGGUAAGAAUAAUGAAAUGGAAUAGAUAAUGAAGAGAUUCGAAGAGUUUAAAGAAUGACUAAAGCGUAUAUAGUUAUUUGUAAUUUUCACGAUGUGCCUCUCGUAGGGUUAUAAAGACACUUAGGUAUUAAGAGAUUUUAUGGAUAAAUAAUUCGUUAUUAUAUGUAAUUUACGCCGCGAUGCAAAGUGAGAGGAAGACUGCCAAUUUGUGCAACGCCGUUAAAUGAAGGAAAAAAGCAAUUGUGAAUUUAUAAAUUAGUAAAUAAAGCUAUUUCUCCAAAAAAA